CUCAACAGCUGGCUCGGGCUCUCGAGCCGAGUGAUGGAGGUUAGGGAUGUGGUUGGGGAUGUCUCUCGUUGUUAUGACAGGCACGAUUCAAGUAUCAACGUUUUCCAGGGGAAUUUCUAAUCGACUGUAGCUCCGAGAGUAGUUACUUGUAUUAAAAUGGACGAGUCCGCGAACGAGCCGGCGGAGAACGGCGCGGACGCAUCGACAGCCUCCGUUUCCUUCACCGAGUCGCCCAAGAAAUGCAACCUGUCUUUUUCGAUUAACUUUGACUUUAACGACGUUAACAGCGAGAACUCGACCGAUUCCGAGAAUGCGGAUCUACAAAUUGACAUAUCCGAGGUGGACACUUACGAGCCGUCCAGCAAGCACAGGCGAGAGGCUGUCGAGGAGGCGUCGAUGCUCAAUGAAAUGGAAGAGGAGAUUGAGAGGCAACUCGAUGCCAAAGCCGCCAAGACCAAUUUGACUGCCUCUAAUGUGAAAAAUAUUUUGAAACACGUCAUCCCCUACGAGCAUUUAAUGACAAUGGUACAAAAAUGGCUUCAGGAUACAGAGAACGACGUCAACAUCGGUCCUAAGCUUACGAGAGCCAAAGCCAAGAAAUUGGCCGCUGCCAAAGUUAACAUACCAUGGCCCAUCACUACGGCGCAACAAACUUCCUCGGAGGUGCAGGCUUUGAUUCAGGAGGAGUUACCGGAAGACUCGUCCGACGAAGAAUACAAUCCUGAACAUGAUAAACAGAGUGACGAUGACAGAGAGGUGGAAAAUACAGCGAGCAGUGACAUUGAGUCACGGUUCUCAGCAUCGAUAAAUAACAAGGAUGCAGCUUCCUCCUCUGAACAAGUAUUAUCACAUAUACAGUAUGAUUCUGAAGGAAUUUUUAAAAUACCCGCUAUUCCACACGUUGCGACGGAUGAGGAGAGUAUUGGCCAAAGGACACGCUCCAAGUUAUCUUUAAGCGAAACUUCCUUGGAGGAGAUAGAGCAAGCGUUCGUACCACCUGAUAUAACUGCCGAUAUGACUGAAGAUUGGGACUGUGAGCUUGAUGAAGACUGGGACAACUUUUUGAAAGAAUUUACACAACCCUUGACGCAAGAACUAGCCGUGGAUGAUGAUCCAGAAGCAGAUCCUGAAUAUAACAUCCUGGAGGAUGAAACAGAUUUACUGGACAAGGAAGAGCUUAGGACAGAUAGAGCGGUAGAAGUUCCUCGUAAGGAGCAAUAUGACUUAAUUGCCGAAUUACUUGAAUUGACUCUCAUGUUCUCGACACAAGAACAAGAAGUCGAGAGUUCAAGAAAGAAGAAAGUUCUAGACAAUACAGCACCACCGAAUGAAAGUGACGCUGUGAAUUGCUCCAUGGCACGUCUUUUGCCGGUACUUGCAGAAUCUGAGCUGCCACAAGUGAUGAAUUCUGAACAACGUCUUCUAUUAGCCACACAGUUUCAGCAACAUGUACAAUUAAUGGCGCAACAUUUCGUUAUGACUUAUAUGCAUCCAGACUAUCAUUCGUUGGCAAAAGAGUGUAAACAGAACUUGAAUAGUUUAAGAUAUUUGAGUAAUGGGCCUAAUUCUGCAUUCAAUGCCAAGAAUUUGGAGACGGCUUUAAAAUUGGUAUCAAUUUGGGAAAAUAAGUUUGAUGACGCCAAGUUUUGUGCAAACUUCAAGAAGAGUAUAAUGAGUGAAAGUGCUCAGACUCAAAUAUAUUGUGCAAAUAAGUGGCGGUACCUCGAACAAUUUCCCCCCGAAUUAGAGAAAUUAUUUGUCGAAAGUAAGGCUCUCAUGUACCCACAACUUCUACCAUGGACGCCGUUCAGAAGCGGAGCUAAAUAUGCAAAACCCACAUAUUCCAAGUCGGAGGAAAUCAUUUUCAGUUUAAUUGCACUGGGCAUAGAACAGUUCUUACCAUUUGUUAUAUGUAAAUCAAAGAAGUUUCAUACAAAGAAAAUGCGAUUAUUUGAUGUAACUCAACUUAUCAGUCAUCAUCUGCUACCAUGCAGAGAUGCGAAAGGACUAUUGAAUCAUAUUAUCAGACGACGCGCUUCCAAAGAUGAAAAUCCAAUCAGGCAUUAUUUUAAAAAAGGUUACGCUCCUAGAAUAAUACAUUAUAUAAUGCCUGAAAGUAAACUGAGGGCUCCAAAGGAUCAGCCAAUUGAACUUUUACCUCAAAGGUGGCAGAUGUAUCUUCAAAAAGAGCACAAAAGUAAUUUGGCAGACAGUAAAUGUUUAUUUGAUUUUUACAAUAAUCUCUCGUGUGAAAAAGAUGGGAUUAACGCAAUAAUUAAGUCAUACUGUAGUAUCCCUAAUAAUCAUAUUUUACGAAAUCCAGUUGUAAAUAUGUUGCCAAAAAUAUUACCUGCAAAUCCGAAAAUAUCUAAAAUUGAUAAUUCUACUAAACAAAGUUCUAAAUUUGACAAUAGUGGCGACAAAAAGGUACUUGAUAAUACUAUACAAGAUACGGAGGUGCACAAAAGGAAAACGCCAAUACAUAAGACGCGUGCAAGCUCUUGCGCCUUAAAAGCAAAUACUUCAGAUGUAAAGCCAAUACAAACUGAUCAAUCGUCAGAUAAAACUAAUACAAAAUUAAGUACUGUAUUAACUAGAAGCUCCAAAAUAUCCCAGGAAUCGCCACAGAUAUCGUCGGAAUUACCACAAAUACGAAAGACCACUCCACGAUUAGCAAAAACGAGAAGUGCUCAGAAUAUGAAAUUGAUGGCCCAAGCUUUAGGUUCAAAGAACUCGUCUAACUGCAGCACUUUAAAAUCUAAGGAAAAAGAUACCGCAGAUAAGAAUAUUGACAAACGCUCCUCCACGUCAUCAAAAGUUGAUAAUGAAGAAGAAAUAGCAGAAUUAAUGUUAGCGAGUAGCACAAUAAUAAAAGAUCCUGUAAGUAGGAAAAAGGCUAAGCAAACUAGGGAAUUAGAAAUUAUUAAAAGAUUAUUAAAAUCGGAGAACCCAUUGACUGAAGAAGAACGCGAAGCAAAAUUUGCAGCGUCGUAUCUUCAAAAGCUGCACUUGAUAUUAGAAUCGAAUAAUCCAGAAACAUUUAAGGCUGUGAUAAAGUUAUAUUUGGAUUACAGUGAAAAGUUAGAAAAUAUUAACCAUACUACUGUUGACCCGUCUAUAAUUGAUGGAUCUCAAGAAUUUUCCAAUAAACAGAGGUCACAGGAUAGCGCGAUUAAAAAAGAUAUACUAACGGUCCAAUUGUACCAAGAGGUCUGUAAAAAAUUACAGGAUUACCCAGAAAUAUGUACAGAUUUUCUAUUAUUUUUAAAACCGCAUCAAGCUGCAAUGAUUGGUAAAUCUAUGGAAUAUAUGAUGUUACAAAAAAUGAAUGACUUUGUCCAUGUUGCACAAAUAUACUUUGCUAAGCAACCAUCUCGCAUAGCAAAGAUGAUGCAGGCAAUUACACAACUUUCGUCUGAUCCACACACGACUUUAAAAAACGUGUAUUCCGUUAUGAGCUCCGUUUUUAAAGGCCAUCCACUCGUCAUGGAUAUGUUUUUGCAAAUUCUACCUACCGCAAAACCACCUGAAAGUUUACUUGGAUCUCAUAUGUUUGAAAACAUGACGUGUCCGUUAGGACCCUAUGAUAAAAAUACAAUUUAUACUGAAAACGCAUCAGAGCUAUACGAGAACAUAGAAGUACCAACGGCAACGUGUCAGGAGGAUCCAUAUGGCGGGGAGAAUUGUAAAUGUGACUGUCAUAGUACCGAUGAAGCAAAUCUGAAAAAUAAUUCUGAACACUGUGUUUCCUGUGGUACACGGUUUCUUAACGGAAGAAUUUAUCUUCAAACACCUGAAGGAUUACGACCUGCAAAGAUUACGUUUCCCGGGGAGGAUCGGGAGAAAUUUGACAAUAUCGCGCGUAUAUCAUUAAAAAUUGCUGAUAAAGCCAUUGCACCAAUCUCAUCGAAAAAACGACGAAAGUCGUCAAAGAAUGAUGCUAAUCGCGAGGAUAUUUGUCAGAAACAAUGCGCUACGAAACAAUACUCGCCGUUGAAAGAUAACGAAGAUAAUGAAAAGGCAAUAGCAAAGUCGAAGAAAAAUGUUAAAUUUACUACACUUAAAACAGAUCAGAGGAAAAUUUUGAAAAGAAUAGGCACUGUAGAUCACGUAAUCGCAGAGAAAAGAAUGCGUAUAUCUCAAUGCAAGAAUAAGCGAGAGAAAAAGAUUGAAGAAAGCGAUGCUUCAAUAGAACAAAACGAGCUGGAUGUUAUGAAACCAGAGAAACCGAGUGACUUUACGGAAACAGAAAUUAACAGUUGUACACAGUUAUCGAUGCAAGAGAAUUCCUUGAGUAGUACUGAAGUAAUUACGAAAACGCAGAUUUCUUCCAAUGUGAGCAAUAGUACUGCUUGUAGUUCAAGCAAUAAAAAUGUAGACGCAACAAUUACAACAAUACCACUAGAAAAUAAUAUCCCGUCGAAAUCCGAUUUAAUUAAAAACAAGCCUUGGACACGUCAGGAAGAUAUGAUUUUGCUACAAAGUAUAAAAAAGGAAUAUUCUGAAAAUGCAUUCCUACUGAUUAGUGAAAGAUUAGAAGAUCGUACUGUCAAUCAGGUGAAAGAGAGAUGCCAAACUUUGCUUUCCUUACUGCAGAAAAUGAUGUAAAUAUGUACAGAUCUAUGUAUAUUAUAAACUUGUGAUUUUGUAUUUUAAUGAAAAAUAUAGCAGGAGUUUUUACCUUA